CCAGAGCGCGUGCGCAGCGGCGGCGGCGCGCAUGCGGACGUUGGGGCGCCGGGAGCCGGAGCGGAGGCAGCGCGGGCGGCAGAUCCAAUGGCUGUCCCACCAUCGUACAGUGACUUGGGAAAGUCUGCCAGGGAUGUAUUCAACAAGGGAUAUGGAUUUGGAAUGGUCAAGUUAGAGUUGAAGACCAAGUCUUCCAGUGGGGUGUUGGAAUUCACUGCAACUGGUUCUUCCAACACGGACACAGGCAAGGCUUCAGGCAGUCUAGAGACCAAAUAUAAGGUCAAAGACUAUGGACUUACAUUCACCCAGAAGUGGAACACAGAUAACACAUUGGGAACAGAAGUUUCUGUGGAGGAUCAGUUGGCUGAAGGAUUGAAGGUUGCUCUUGACAGUACAUUUGUACCAAACACAGGGAAGAAGAGCGGAAAGUUGAAGACCUCCUACAAAAGAGAUUAUGUACAUCUAGGCUGCAACAUAGACAUUGAUCUCUCUGGACCAACCAUUUAUGGCUGGGCAGUGUUGGGCUAUGAAGGCUGGCUUGCUGGCUACCAGAUGGCUUUUGAUACAGCCAAGUCUAAGCUUUCACAAAAUAACUUUGCCUUGGGAUAUAAGGCAGGAGACUUCCAGCUGCACACUAACGUGAAUGAUGGCACUGAGUUUGGUGGGUCUAUUUAUCAGAAGGUUAAUAAUAAGGUUGAGACAUCAGUCAAUCUUGCAUGGACUGCUGGCAGUAACAACACACGUUUUGGUAUUGCUGGAAAGUACCAACUGGAUGAGAAGACUUCCAUUGUGGCUAAAGUGAACAAUGCCAGCCUCAUUGGAAUUGGUUACACUCAUGCCCUGCGACCUGGUGUAAAGCUGACCCUCUCAGGCUUGAUUGACGGCAAGAAUUUCAGUGCUGGAGGUCACAAAAUUGGUCUGGGAUUUGAGCUGGAAGCUUAACGCAGCUUUAAGUAAAACAACUGGUGGUGCUCUGGAAGAUGAAGGAAAAGUGUACCCAGUGCAUUUCAGCCUUAAUACUACUCUGAAAUUUGAAGAAGUGUGAACUUUCUACUCUUCCCAAGAAUGACUUUAACCUGAUGCUGAAGUCCAGAGAGUGCCAGCACAACAAAGAAAGACACUUGAAGGCGUGCAUGGAAGUUGUGAUGUUUGUGCCACAUUUCAGUUUUCCUGUAUUUUAAAUCUGUUCCAAAAAAACCAGAAGAAAAUCCAACCUCUCCCCAUUAUUGUAUUGCAUUUUGCAUGUCCUAUACUUCACAGCCUUUUAUAAAAGGAGGUCUCUGUGCUGUAGUGGAAAUUUGGGGUUGCAGCAGAAUGAAAUAAAUUGGUCACACAAC